GUGGACUACAACAUCACUGGGUGGCUGGAGAAGAACAAGGAUCCCCUGAACGAAACGGUGGUGGGGCUGUACCAGAAAUCAUCCCUGAAGACCCUGGCCUUACUCUUUGCCUCUGUUGGUGGGGCGGAAGCAGAGAGUGGUGGUGGUGGUGGCGGCAAGAAGGGUGCCAAGAAGAAGGGUUCUUCUUUCCAGACAGUCUCAGCUCUUUUCCGGGAAAAUUUAAACAAGCUGAUGAGCAAUUUGCGAAGCACACAUCCCCAUUUUGUGCGAUGCCUUAUUCCUAAUGAAACAAAAACACCCGGUGCCAUGGAACAUGAGCUGGUGCUGCACCAGCUGCGCUGUAACGGCGUGUUGGAAGGGAUCAGGAUUUGCAGGAAAGGAUUCCCCAGCAGAAUCCUCUAUGCUGACUUCAAACAGAGGUAUAAGGUGCUUAAUGCCAGUGCCAUCCCAGAGGGACAGUUCAUCGACAGCAAGAAGGCUUCCGAGAAGCUCCUUGGCUCAAUCGAUGUGGACCACACCCAGUACAAAUUUGGACACACCAAGGUGUUCUUCAAAGCUGGGCUGCUGGGGCUCCUGGAGGAGAUGAGGGAUGAGAAGCUGGCACAGCUCAUCACCCGCACACAGGCCGUGUGCAGGGGUUACCUGAUGAGGGUGGAGUUCAAGAAAAUGAUGGAGAGGAGAGAGUCCAUCUUCUGCAUCCAGUACAAUGUUCGUUCCUUCAUGAAUGUCAAACACUGGCCCUGGAUGAAGCUGUUCUUCAAGAUCAAGCCCUUGCUGAAGAGUGCAGAGUCUGAGAAGGAGAUGGCCAACAUGAAGGAGGAGUUUGAGAAAACCAAAGAAGAGCUUGCAAAGUCUGAGGCAAAGAGGAAGGAGUUGGAGGAGAAAAUGGCUUCUCUAAUGCAGGAGAAAAACGAUCUGCAGCUCCAAGUGCAGGCUGAAGCUGAUGGUUUGGCUGAUGCUGAGGAAAGGUGUGACCAGCUCAUCAAAACCAAAAUCCAGCUGGAAGCCAAAAUUAAAGAGCUGACUGAAAGAGCUGAGGAUGAGGAGGAAAUCAAUGCUGAGCUGACAGCCAAGAAAAGAAAACUGGAGGAUGAAUGUUCAGAGCUGAAGAAAGAUAUUGAUGACCUUGAGCUAACACUGGCCAAGGUGGAGAAGGAAAAACACGCCACUGAAAACAAGGUGAAAAACCUCACAGAGGAGAUGGCAGCCCUGGACGAGACCAUUGCCAAGCUGACAAAAGAGAAGAAAGCCCUCCAAGAGGCCCAUCAGCAGACCCUGGAUGACCUGCAGGCAGAGGAGGACAAAGUCAAUACACUGACCAAAGCCAAGACCAAGCUGGAGCAGCAAGUGGACGAUCUGGAAGGGUCCCUGGAGCAAGAGAAGAAACUGCGCAUGGACCUGGAGAGAGCCAAGAGGAAACUGGAAGGAGACCUGAAGCUGGCCCAGGACAGCAUCAUGGAUCUGGAGAAUGAUAAGCAGCAGCUGGAUGAGAAACUGAAGAAGAAAGACUUUGAAAUCAGCCAGAUCCAGAGCAAAAUCGAGGAUGAACAAGCCCUGGGCAUGCAACUACAGAAGAAGAUCAAGGAGCUGCAGGCCCGUAUUGAGGAACUGGAGGAGGAAAUCGAGGCCGAGCGAACCUCUCGCGCUAAAGCAGAGAAGCAUCGGGCUGACCUGUCCAGGGAGCUGGAGGAGAUCAGCGAGCGCCUGGAAGAAGCAGGAGGGGCGACGGCAGCUCAGGUGGAGAUGAACAAGAAGCGGGAGGCAGAAUUCCAGAAGAUGCGCCGGGACCUCGAAGAGGCCACGCUGCAGCACGAAGCCACGGCUGCCGCCCUGCGCAAGAAGCACGCGGACAGCACAGCUGAGCUGGGGGAGCAGAUCGACAACCUGCAGCGCGUCAAGCAGAAGCUGGAGAAGGAGAAGAGUGAGCUCAAGAUGGAGAUUGAUGACUUGGCCAGUAACAUGGAGUCUGUCUCCAAAGCCAAGGCAAACCUGGAGAAGAUGUGUCGCUCCCUAGAAGAUCAACUCAGUGAGAUUAAGACAAAGGAGGAGGAACAGCAGCGCACAAUUAAUGACAUUAGUGCUCAGAGAGCUCGGUUACAAACUGAAUCUGGUGAAUAUUCACGCCAGGUGGAGGAGAAAGAUGCUCUGAUUUCUCAGCUGUCAAGAGGCAAACAGGCUUUCACCCAACAGAUUGAGGAACUCAAAAGGCAUCUAGAGGAAGAGAUAAAGGCCAAGAACGCCCUGGCCCACGCCCUGCAGUCCGCUC